GAGAUAUUUUCGGCGAAAUCGAACACGUGUCCCCCCGAUUUGAGGCUCCGAAUCUGUUUUGAUUUGGACCAAAGCCCCAGAGCUCUCGCCUUUAGAUUUUGUCCGCGUCAUCCACACACGUCAGCAUCCCCGAAGCUACGUGGGUGUCUCCGAACCUACGUGUCGUCCUCGGAGCCUGCAAAUUGUACACGUCAUUGUCCCCCGAAGCAUUCGAAAAUAACCUCUUCAACCCUUUAUUCCCUGUAUUUUCUCAAAAGCAGAGAAGGAAAGAACUUAGAACCCCUAGAAAAAAAGUGGAAUUUUGAGCAACUUUGACUUGUAGAUUUGGAUUGGCGCUGAAAGGUAUGAUGUGAGCACUGGAAGGGAAUCGAGGAGUAAUUAUUGAACAGGCUGACAACGGUUUGGUUCGGUUUUACCGUGGUGAAAGAUGGUUUUAUAGGAUUUGGGUUCCUGAAGAAAGAAGCUAUUACUAUUAGCUAUGCGCUGUUUGUUUUCUUUGACGAAGGUUUAUCAAAGGUUUUGUGAGAAGAAGGAUUACUGUGCGCCUGGCCUCCUCAUCACCAUUGUUUUAGAUCUGGUUUGGCAGGGAGUGUUUCGAUGACUAUUGAUGCAAACGGAGAAAAAGAGUCGCCAGAUGAGGACAAGGGCAUUGAAGAGGGAGUUUUGGGUGAGAGACAGAGUUCAAAUCCAGUCAGUGUGUUGAAUGUUGAUGCAGCCAAUCAAUCUGAAAAGCAUGGAGCUACUAGUGGGUUGCAAGGUCCGACCAUUUUGCAAGUGCAGCAGCAGCAACAACAGACUCUGGGGUCAGUGGUUUGUUGGGAGAGGUUUCUUCACGUGAGAUCUAUUCGGGUCUUGCUUGUGGAGAACGAUGAUUCUACACGCCAUGUUGUGACUGCUUUGCUCCGAAAUUGCAAUUAUGAAGUACUAGAGGCAGCUAAUGGACUGCAAGCAUGGAAGGUUUUAGAAGAUUUAACCAAUCAUGUUGACAUUGUCUUAACUGAGGUAGUAAUGCCUUGUAUAUCCGGAAUAGGUCUUCUGUGCAAGAUUAUGAGCCACAAAACUCGCAAGAAUAUUCCUGUGAUUAUGAUGUCAUCUCAUGAUUCAAUGGGUUUAGUCUUUAAGUGUCUGUCCAAAGGUGCAGUUGACUUCUUGGUUAAACCUAUAAGAAAGAACGAGCUCAAGAACCUUUGGCAGCAUGUAUGGAGGAGAUGUCACAGCUCUAGUGGAAGCGGGAGUGAGAGUGGUACACAAACUCAAAAAUCUGUGAAAUCAAAAGGUAGUUCAGGCAACAGUGCUAGUGAUGAUGGUGAAAAUGAUGCGAGUAAUGGCAUAAAUGUUGGAGAUGGAAGUGAUGAUGGGAGUGGCGCACAGAGCUCUUGGACAAAGCAAGCUGUAGAAGUUGACAGCUCUCAAGCUUUGUCACCAAUGGAUCAAGUAGCUGAGUGUCAAGACAGCACCUGUGCCCAAGUUAUUCGGUCAAAUGCUGAGCAUUCGGACAACAAAAAGGAGCAACUUAUUGCAGCAAAGGAAGGCCAUGCACAAAAACGACCUGAUGAUGCUGAAAAGGGCAAUGACUUGGAGACAAUUGUACAUAAAAAUGUGGAACCUAAGUCUGAAAAUCCUGAGGGGCAAACGAAACCAACUAGUAGAGAAUUUGAAUCUACUCGAGAAUUGGCGAAUAAAUUGGAAUUUUGCAAUAAUGCAACUGAUAGUUGUAAAGAGCCAAACGUUGAACUUAGCUUAAAGAGACUAAGAGGAGUGCAGGACACGGGGAGAUCUGUUCCAGAUGAUCGUUAUGUCUUGCGUCGUUCUGAGCAAUCAGCCUUUUCAAGGUAUAAUACAUCCACAAAUAUUUUCAAAGCUCCUAACGGGAUCACUGGUAGCUGUUCCGUACUUGACAACAGUAUUGAAGUUGCAAAGAGAGAGUCAGUUGGUGAUAUGCAAGUUUAUUCAGUUGACCAUAUUGUAUAUCAAAGUUCAAAUGGAGUCAGCAAUAACAUAGAUAUGGGUUCAAGCACUAAUAAGCUUCCUAAAGAUAAGUCUGAAGCGACAUCAGCAAUUAAUGGUUUACAUCCUUCUGCUUUCAGACCUGUAAAAAAUGACCUUAGAUACAGUCAACAAGUCAGUCUUCUGCCUAAUGGCAUGCAAUCAACUGACUUAUGCCCAGGAAGAGGAUCACACCAGGAUAUCCAAAUUCAGCACACUCAUCACCAAAAUUAUCAUCAUCAUCACCAUCAUUUCCAGAACUUGGAAAAUCAGCCUUCAUCCAACAUUGAUGAGUCAUCCUCAAAGAAGUUGGUUGUAGAUGCUCCACAUUGUGGAUCAACAAAUGUUUUAGGUGGACCAAUGGAUGGCAACCCCAGGAACUAUAGUUUGAACAGAAGUGCCUCUGGAAGUAACCAUGGAAGUAAUGGACAGAAUGGAAGCAGCACUGCCGUUAAUGCUGUCGGGAAUAAUGCAGAGAGUGAUGGUCAAGGUGGGAAAAGUGGAAGUGGAGAUGCUAGUGGCAGUGGUAGUGGAAAUAGAGUAGAUGAGAAUAAACUUGCACAACGGGAAGCUGCCUUGAUCAAGUUCCGUCAAAAGAGGAAGGAAAGAUGCUUCAAGAAAAAGGUACGAUAUCAGAACAGAAAGAAACUAGCAGAACAAAGGCCCCGUGUUCGAGGACAAUUUGUAAAGCAAACAGGGACCGACAGUUCGGCAAGAAGUGGAGAUGAAUAGUUCAAUCACUCUUUGGCUAAUGCCCUCAUCUUUUCUUUGAGAUAGAAACUGUUGUUAAUGCAGGAGUAGGAUUCAAGUACAUGAUGAUUUAUUUGAUGAUUGUUAUAGUAUUUCCAUCGAGUCCUAGCGUAUCAACGCACGGUUGUGUAGGCAUGAAACGUUCUACUAUUGGGUUUGAAGAGUUUCCUUCUGCAGUGCAAACUUUUCAAUCUGAACUUCUUGUGAUGGACCGUAAAGGUCUUAUUGGAACUGACUUUGUCUAAA